AUUUGUUUGAAUCAUUUGAACAUGCUUCUCGUUCCAGCCGUACAUGUUUUACUUAAUAAGUGUGGGCAAUACUUAGUGUUUUCCUUUUUUGUUCUUGAAGUUCUUUUGUAUGUAUACAAAUCUUAUUACCUUCAUUUCGGAUCAAGUGCCUGUGUAGAGGAGUUGUUUAUAUUGUUUGGUUGGUUGGUCUCAGAAAUCGCUAAACAUUUUUUCGGUUCUUUAAUAUUUGACCCUAACGGUAUUUCCAAACCGGCGUAUAUUUCCAGCCUUGUGUUUUACAUUCCUUCGGCUUUAGGUGGCACAUUCUUUUUGUUCUGGCAGUCGUUUGUUACACAAAUAGAAGUCGUCACCUGUUCUACUCUCUUGUGUUUCAACUGUCUUCAGUUCAUUACAUCCAUAGUGGUUAUAAUCCCUAACAGAAAAAACCCAAACUGAAAUAUCUGAGGUAGACCUUUGCUAGCUACCUAACCGCAUGUCAUCUCACUGUGACUCUUCAUUCCCCGCUCUUGAUUGUAAUUAUUUUUCUUCGUAUAACCUUAUUGUUGCUUGUGUUGGUGUCGGCAAUGUAGCCCAACUUGCUUGUGAUCUCUUAAUCUAUAACUUAGGUUGUGAUGUUAUUAGUAGUUUAAAUUUUGAGUACUGCCCAUCCGUAGUCGGUAUCAAUCCUUACCGAUUGCCUGGAGAUGUUCAUGAUUUGAUGACAACUUCACAGAUUUAUGCUAAUCCCGAACUUCAGCUAGCUGUGUUACAAAUUCGAGCCCCUCCCUUCACCGGUUCCAAACGAAAGCAUGUCAAGGAGCUUGUGACCUUCCUGAAAUCUAUGAAGUUUAAAACUGUGGUUUUACUUUCAAGUAGCUUUGCGACUAUUCUUAAAGAUGAGGAGCUAAACUCAGCACCACUGCAGUAUGCUUUGUCGUCGUCAUUCUGCGCUUCUGAUCGUAAACGCUUUGAUGAACUGAAUUGGUAUCCCCUUAAGACGUACAGUGACCACCUAGAUUGUCAAUUAUCUGUUGUUUAUUAUUUACCUGGGUGUGGAAUUGCAAGUUAUUUAUUUGAAGAAUUACUCAAACAUGAAGAGAUAUCUGCUUGUCUGUUAAAUCUUUUUACAUCUGAAGGCGAUAACAGUGGCGAUGCACUUUAUGUUGUGCAGCAUUUGAAUAAGUGGUUACAAUUCAAAGCACAACACGGAGUUAAAGACACAAGUUUUCAAUGGUCUCUCCCCCCCUCUUGGAGCUAUUUGUUUGGAACUGAUCCUGUUGAUGAAUUGUAUUAGACUUUUAUUAAAUAUUUACAAAAGAUUAGUUUUCUGGCA